AUUUGGGCAAGGGACAUAGUCCAUUGAACUUUUAUAAUAUAGGCGUGCGAAAAACGUCUAAAAAUAUUUUUCUGACUAACGCUCGAGUGUAAAUGGUGAAAUGUUUCAACUGUCCUGAAUUUCCUGUCUGGUUCAAUUAGUUUGCGUCGAAUUUCUGGUUCGUCGGCUGUGAAAUCUGAAGAAUAAUAUUGAAUUGUGAUAAAAUGACCCGAGGUCCAACUAUUGUGCGUGUAGCGCCCAGCAGUGGGGGCGGUCGAGGAAUUAAGUGCUGCUGUUGCAGAUGUUGUGAGUGCCUCAAUCUUGGCUACAUGACAACACAGCAUGGCCUCAUUAAAUUGGCGGAAGCUUUGCUCGGUUCGCUAUGUCAGAGUCUCCUUGUAAAGUACGGUUUAUCUGAGGCGAGCAGCAUGGGAUCAGCUUUCCAUGGGUUCCUGACGACAGCAUCUGCGUGCCUCCUCACUACAUCCAUACUCAUCGCUUGUUAUGUACUGUCGUCGAAUUCCCAUCAUUUGAUACGACAAUCAAUUUUUGAAUGUGUAUUCAACGCGGUGGCAUGUUUCAUGUACUUAUCGGCUUCCUCUUACAUGGGAGUAGCUGUUAACUUGUACCUAUACCCUCGGUAUGCGCUUGUGAAUAUGUAUGCUGCAUACCCAGCCAUGACUGCAGUGUAUUAUAUCGGAGUGGUGGUCGGGAUUGUACAUGGAGUGGAUGCAUAUAUAUCAUAUAAGUAUUACAAAGGAAUUCGAUGAUUUUGAUGCCUUAUGAUUACAAUUAAUAUUUCAUUCCACUGCAUUUUUUUACGUACCUCUUAUAUAUAAUCUUUAUAUUGUAAUAAAAAACGCUAUUUUUAUCGCUCAAUAGUUUCAGCUUUGUAACGAUGAAAAUUAGUUUAAUAACGAGGAAGUUUAAAUUAUUAUUUUGUAAUGAAAUUAAAAUGGUACAAAGCGAAGCUUUUUAAAUCUAAUACUAUACUGUAUAAUACUAAGUAUACUAUUUUAUUAUUAUCUCUAAUCUCAA